GCAGCGCCUUCUGGGAUGCAGAGGGGAGUCUCUCUUCUGGGAGCCGCGGCAAGAAUUGCGUUGUCAUAGUAACAGUAGGCGUCGAAACUUGUCUUGCCUGAGAAGCCACCACGGAGGUUAUUACAGAACACUGAGUAAACCUCCUUGCGCUAUACGGAGGCUCCCAGCUUUCUGACUGGUUGAGAAAACCGGGCCUGUCUAAUUCGGUCCAGCUCCCUGCCUCUGGGCAGGCGGGCAGAAAACAGCUGACUUCAGCAGUCGCUCAUGUGACCACUGCAGCUCCAAGUCCCGUCCCUGUCCCAGGCCAGGGUGGGCACUUUCAGGGGCUCCUUCUGGGAGGGGUACAGGAGUGUGCCGCAGCCGCCGGGCGUGGAGGGAUUAAUCAGUGACAGGAAGCUGCCUCUUUCAGAGCAGUGACUGGCUUUGGUCAGGAGAGCCUCUGCAAGGCCAGUCCUAGGAGUCUGCCCCACUCCCUGCCUGCUGCUCACCCCUGCUCCUGCCAUGGGGUGCCUUGGGGCCCUUCUCCUCCUGCUGGGGGGCCUGGGAGCUCUUGCCUGGACCUGCGAAAUAGCAAAGGUGGACAGCGACCUGGUGGAGAGGUUGGGCCAGCGCCUCUUGCCCUGGAUGGACCGGCUCUCCCUGGAGCAGCUGAACCCCAGUAUCUACGUGGGCCUGCGCCUCUCUGGCCUGCAGGCCGGGCCCAAGGAGGCCCACUACCUGCACAGCCUCAAGCUCAGCUACCAGCAGAGCCUCCUGAGGUCUGCCUCCAGCAAUGACAAGAGUGAUUCAGAGGCCAAGCCCUCCAUGGGCCAGCUGGCCCUCUACCUGCUCGCUCUUCGGGCCAAUUGCGAGUUUGUUGGAAGCCGCAAGGGGGACAGGCUGGUCUCACAGCUGAAGGGGUUCCUGGAGACUGAGAAGAGGGCUAUUGGGCACAAUCACAAGGGCCACCCCCACACCAGCUACUACCAGUAUGGCCUGAGCAUCCUGGCCCUGUGUCUCCACCGGAAGCGGGUCCAUGACAGCGUGGUGGGCAAGCUCCUGUACGCCAUAGAACAUGAACAGCAUCCUGACCUCUCUGUGGACACAACAGCCAUGGCAGGCUUGGCCUUCUCCUGUCUGGAGGUAUCCAACCUCAACCUCAAUCAGAGAGACCGGAUUGCCCUGGCCAUCCAGAGAGUGCAAGAGAGGAUCCUUAGGGCCCAGACCCCAGAGGGCCACUUUGGGAAUGUCUACAGCACCCCUCUGGCUCUGCAGUUCCUGAUGACCUCCCUCAAGCCCACGGAGAAGCAGGGCACAGCAUGCCUCAAGGCAAAGGCUGCUCUGUUGGACAGCCUACAGCACAAGGCCUUCCAGAAUCCUCUCGUGAUUUCUCAGCUUCUGCCUGUCCUGAACCAGAAGAGUUAUGUGGCUCUCAUCUCACCAAACUGCCAGGCACCAAAAGUCAUAUUGGAAACAGUUAAGGAGACUCCUUCACAGACACAAGUCCCAGAGGUCAUCCAUGUCACACUGAAGGUCCCCAGCAUCUUUCCUCCAUACAAACACUCCAUCUCUGUCCUUGAUGGCUCCUCCUUGGAAGAUGUCCUGAAGAAGGCCCAGGAGCACGGAAGAUUCAGGUAUGGAACACAGGCCUCCUUGUCAGGCCCCUACCUGACCUCUGUGAUGGGGAAAAAAGCUGAGGGACCUGAGUACUGGCAGCUCCUCCGAGCCCCCAACAUCCCCCUGCUGCAAGGUAUUGCUGACUACAGACCCAGAGAUGGAGAAACCAUCGAGCUGAGGCUGGUUCGCUGGUAGCCCCUUGGGCUCACCCACCCUAACUGCCUCCCACACUUCCUGGGCUUCUCUCUCCAGACAUCCCUGUAACAGGCACAUGCUGACACUGCUGCCUCCUCCUGUGCACUUGUCCCUGGAUCACCCCAGUUACCACCCCUGUGGGGGUCCUAAGCCACUGCUCACCCUGGAGCAGGGAGCCCAGCACCUUCUCCAGGAGGUCUGACUGCCUGGGCCUGGCCGUACCUGGCCCUACAGGUAUCCCAUGAAGGCUGAAUGUGGGCUAGAGGGGGUCAUGAACAUCUCUGUUGACUCCUUGGCUCAAGAAGGCCGCCGGAUGUUGGUGUUGUGAGUACCGCUGGCUCCAGGAUUGGGGUCUUGCAAGGAGAGCUCCAUGGCCUGACCCCAGCUCUUCACUCAGGCAGGGCUGCGGCCCCAGAGCCAGCCGUGAGGUAGCAGCUGGCAAGAGCUCUGCAGGCCCGCUCUCACUGCACCUCCAAAAUAAUUAAAGAAUUGAUUGUGCACGUG